CAGUUGUCCUCACACCACUUUAUUCACAUCAACUGCGCUAUGAGGACCGAAUCUCACGCUGUUCGUGGCAUUCGUGAAUCCAGUUCGCCUUUGGCUUCCCGACAGUAAAUGAAUGAACCCAAAGAACUCUACGGGCGAAACAGCAAAGUCUCUCACUUCCAAACUGCUAUUCGCUUCGCCAUGUUUCGCGUAGAUCUCGCCGUCAUACUGGUAGCUGUGGCCAUCAGAUUAUACUCUCUGACAGCUGAAACCACGUACACUGUUGAGGAUUUCUACUCGGACGAUGAAAGCUGUAGGGGCGUACCCAACGUGAUUCGAGCUACUGAGGACGCAAAUUGUACCAUGGUCACGUGCUUCAAGGACGCAAGUAACAACAUCGUGCAAAUCGAAUGCUUCUCGGACUACGAGGAGGGCUUCAGACGUAGUGUAGGCAAUGACUAUAUUGUCCAGGCUGUCUACAAGGACAGCGACUGCUCUGAAUUCAGCUACGCCAUCAGGUAUCGCGUGAGUGAUGACUGUAUGGCUGGGUACUUCGAGUCGGAAACGCUUCGACACUUUUUCUACUACACUACUAGUCUGGAAGACGAUGGAUCAGCCAGACUCGAAUUCUUCUCGUCCUGCCCACCGCGUUACCACUACUUACUUGACGGUGAUACUGCGGGAGACUUUGGGACCAAACGCAUCCCUGCAAGGAAAGACUGUGUGGCAGAUUUCUCCACUAAUAUGUUUCCAGGUUAUCACAAAUGGUACACAAGCGAGGAUGAGGACGACAGUGGACUGAGCGAUGGAAUUAUCGCGUGUAUUUUCUGUGGUUCCUUCUUCCUGUGCUUUACCAUCGGUGUGUUGGUUGUCGUCUGUCAAGAGAAGAAGCAAAACGCCGCAUUGGCCGAUGCUUCCGUUGACGUCAUCGUCACCUCGCUAAACGCAACCGUGGACAACAACCAGAUAUUUCACUACGAACAAGAAGACCAAGGAAGUGGUGCUGAACAUUUUGCCGCCAUAGUGGAAGAUUUGCACUAGGUAAGGAAUAGUAACGUCUAAAGCAACUUCAUCACGAAGAUUUAGCUGGGAGAAUCGUGGUCAAAAAUCCUCCAUCAUCUAUGUAGGAAUAUCAAUGGCAGUUUGUGAGUAACAGCAUAUCGAAAACCUCGCGAAUUUCAC